GCCGGGGGCGGAGCCUACAGGGAGAUGGGCGGGGCCAGGGUGAAUCUUCGCGUUUGUCCCUUCCCGGCACCCGCCCAAGCCGGCGGGAGGGGCGGGGUCUUGUUGCCAGGCAACAGGAGCGUCCACGAAGCGGCCGAGCGCAGCGGCGGAGGGGUGCCAUAGAAGGCCUGUUCCGACACCAUGUCUAUACCAUUCUCAAACACCCAUCACCGCAUUCCACCGGGAUUUGCAAAUCUGCUAGAAGGACUAGCCAGAGAAGUUUUGAGGGAGCAGCCUGAAGAUAUACCAGCCUUUGCAGCCAACUAUUUUGAAGAGCUGCUGGAUAAAAGAGAAAAAACCAAGUUUGACCCAGCAGAAUGGGGGGCUAAACUAGAUGACAGAUUCUACAACAACAAAGCUUUUGAGGAGGCUGCAUCUUUGCAAGAAGAGGUGAAGGAGUCGAUGAAAGAUUCAGCCAUGGAGCCCGAGCUUGACAAACUUGGCCUCUAUGAAACAACCACCCAAGAAAUAGAAGAUAAAGCUGCCACAAAAAUCCAGGCCGUCUACAAGGGAUACAGGGUAAGAGAGACAGUGAGGAGACUGAAAGAACUAGGUCAGGAUGCAACGAACCCCAAGGAAGAAAUCUAAUGUCAUUAGACCUGCCAGUGUUAUGAUUUCCAGACUAGAUGCAGGUGAAUGAAUGGCUUGUUUGUCAGUAGGUUUAUUUGUGUUUAAUAAACAUCACAUUUUCAAAAUGCA